UUUAUAGUAUACACAAUCAAGCAAGAAUGGCUUACCUUCUUAAAGACCAUCUGAAACUUCUGAUCAAAUGCGAUAUCCUGAUCGCACUAGAAGAGAUAAAGAAGGAAGAUGUAUUCCUUAAACGAGGGAUUGAUUUCUCGGACACCCAGACGCAUUUCAACCCAAAACAAUCACCAAAAUCCAAGCUCAACACAGACCUGAUUAACAGAACUGGUGACCGGCUGGUCACCUUCUCAGAGAUAAUGAUAUGGACGACCAAAUAACAACGUGACCAAGUGCUUGCCGAUUCUCCAGUUUAUAUACGAAGAGCUACCAAUAAUGGACAAUAAAGGCCGAAAAUCACUUGAACAGUAUGUUUCAAAAAUUACUACACAACUUGUGAACUGUUACGAUGAUUAUCGAAGGGAAAUCCAAGAAGCUUAUUUGAUAAGAAUUUUGCUGAAAUAACUCUCUAAACCUGAUCCAGCUAGGCGAACAUAGUGAUAAGGUCCUUACCCAGAGAAUAACAGAGAGAGAGGGUAAAUAAAAUGAGAUAUAAGCUAGUAAUCAGUAACUGCAAGGUCAUUCAAGUCAACUCGCCCCAUCAUAACGAAGACCGAGAAGAUACGAAGGCUUAUUUCCUUGAUAUCUAUCUCGAAAAUAAGAAUAUUUUAACAGGAGAUUAUUCAGCCCCCGAUCAUAAAACAGGGGAUAUCCCAUUCGACACUAUGUUCGAGAUUAGGACUAGCCUCGUCAGUGGAUACAUCGAGUUCAAAGUUCUUUCAACCUGGUGACAUGAUAUCAAACAAAGAGAUUUCCUCUCAAAAAAGAAUGUUGAAGAACUUCUACAGUUUAGUGAUACUGAAAGUAAUGAUCAUAUGAUUGAAAGGAACUCAAACCAGAACCAACUAAAUAUGUUAUUUCACCAUAAACAAGAAGAGGUUAAUAAGCAAUACAAAAUUAGCGACCAUGUUUCGAACCCUUUUGAGCAGUACACAGGCAAAGGAAAGAUGAAUGAGAACUCUCAUUCCUUAAGAAAAGCUGAUCAUAACCAAAGUUAUGAGACCAAUGAGAAAUCAAGUAUUGAUCAAGAGCCUCCGCUUAAAUAACAAAUUGAAUCGCCAAAUGCCUAAAGGACAUGGAGUUAGUCAUGACGAUAUCAAAAUAAGUAUUGAAGAAGAGAAGCAUGCUCCCUCGGUUUCAUUGACCAGCAAGAGUCUUACAAAAUUAUCACUAAGUGACCCAGUGGUUCGUCAAAAUAGCUUACUCUCAUUGGUGAAAUCUCCUAUAAAAGAAGCUGUUGAAGAAGAUGAGGCUAGCAGGAUAGAGACUCCUUCUCAGGUGACCAAUCCUCUUCAACUUAUGAAGACUGAGAAGAUAUCCUCGAGUAAUGCCUCUAAAAUUAUAAACAAAGCUGAAGGAUCUGGUCACCAAGAGGAUUCUGAUGCCUCUCCAAUACAUGAAGGAGGAGAAGAGACUAAAAACAUUGAAAAGGAUCCUGAAAAUAUCCCUUGAAAAUAUGACGACACAGAUCCUCAAAAUAUUAAGGAAGAAGAAAAGAGCUCUCCAAAUUUAAGGAAUUCCAAUAUCGUGAGAAAUCUAAAUUCAGAAGAGCCUCUUACACCUAUGAUCCAGCUUCACAAGAGGAGGACCUCUGAAGAAACUGACGAUCAUGGGUUCUCUCACCUUAUGGAUGAUAAAGCCGCAAAGAACAUCAAAAGGAACCAAGAUGAGGAUAUACAAGAAACAGUAAGUAACCUCGCUAUGGCAGGACAGCUUAACCCACAUUUCUUUGGCACAUGCAAGAUGGAUAUCUUCUCUGAAGUGUAUUCCAAGGUACUGGAGAAGCACCGGAACCAGCAGGAUUCUCUUAUUGACCAAAAGAGCGACUCUUCUUCGUCUAUUAACAAAUUUGUGUUCAAGGUCUGUGAAAAAUUAUCUCUGCUACAAGAUGACUGCCAAGAAUUAGAAAAACCUCCAGAAGAUCAGUAUGAAUUUGAAGUAACAAUGGAGUACGAGCUCAUUGAGCCAUUCAAAACUGAAGAAGGAAAAAUAAUCACCGACCCUGAAGUACCAGUCAUAAAGCGUUGAUCAAUCUUUGAGAAAUAACUUGGAUAAAUUAACUGAGAAUAUUGAAAAGCAUGAGUAUUACAUGGAAGCUCUCUAUGAGCCCUUCCCUAUGAUUGAAUACGAUGUUAACAACUUCAACAUCAAUUACACUAAAAUUGGUAAAGAAGAACAAGAAUUUGAUUGAGAUAUCGGCUGAAUAUCCCAAAUUUUUAGAGCUCCUUCCAAUGUUGGAAGGGGAAUGAGAAGUUCCCAGGAAGAUGUAAACGCAUCUUCAAGCUCUUCUGAUAAAAGCAGAAGAUGAAAGUGAAAUAUUCUGUAA